AUGCUUUCUUGUCCUUCUUUUCUUUUAUAAUAAAACUUAUUUAUGAACUUCUCAUCAUUUCCACUCUUAUUCCACUGUCAAGGUACAACUGGAUGACUUUUGGAGAAGCAAGUACUGCACGGUCAGCUAUAGGUUUUGGUUUGAUUUAUUAUGGAAUUCCAAAGGGAGCUUGCAUUGGCAUAUACUUUAUCAAUAGACUGGAGUGGCUCAUUGUUGACCAUGCUUGCGCUGCAUAUUCAUACAUAUCAGUGCCUUUAUAUGAUACUCUUGGUCCUGAUGCUGUCAAGUAUAUUGUUAAUCAUGUUGCUGUGCAAGUAAUAUUUUGUAUGUCUCAAACAUUAAAUUCGUUGCUGAGCUUCUUGUCAGAGAUUCCAAGUGUACGACUAAUUGUGGUAGUUGGAGGCAUCGAUGGUCAUAUUCCAUCACUUCCAUCAUCAACUGGAGUUCAGGUUGUAACAUAUUCAAAUCUACUAAAUCAGGGAAGCAGUAAUCUUCAGCCCUUUAGCCCACCAAAACCUGAUGAUGUUGCAACUAUUUGCUAUACAAGUAGUACAACUGGAACCCCAAAGGUGAGUAGGUUCUUGCCAAAUUACUAUUUUUUGUUUAUGGUAGAUGUUGUGUGUAUGAAAUGCUUUCCUUGGUAA